AUGUCCGCUGCGAGCCACAGAUCGGGCUCAAGCCACACAACUCUCGAGCAGGAAAGAAUACAGGAGCCAGAUCUUGAAAAACAGCCCACGGAGGCUACCGCUGAGGCAUCGACGCCAACAGUACUAUUCCCAGUGUCGGACUUGAGUCAGGGUAUAGUGGGAUGGGACAGUCAAGAUGACCCCGAAAAUCCCCAGAAUUUUGCCAGCGGCAAAAAAUGGGCUCUUCUCGCGCUUAUUAGUGCUUUCACAUUGGUCUCCCCGCUUGCAUCGAGUAUGUUUUCGCCCGCCGUCGUAUAUAUGGGCGAGCAGUUCGGCGAGUCGAAUGAGACGAUUCUUGCCUUGAGCGUUAGUAUCUAUUUGAUUGGAUACACGUGUGGUCCCCUGUUCCUCGCCCCCCUUAGUGAAAUCUAUGGACGUCGCAUCGUCUUGUCGUCCGCCAACUGGUUCUUCGUCGUUUGGCAGAUUGGCUGCGCGCUUUCAAAAAACAUCCAGACAUUGAUUGUUUGUCGUUUAUUCGCCGGCGUCGGAGGAAGCGCAUGCAUUACGCUUGGAGCUGGUGUGGUUGCAGAUAUGUUCCCAAGAGAACAGCGCGGCAUGGCAACUUCCAUCUGGAGCAUGGGUCCUCUCAUUGGACCCGUGGUGGGCCCAAUUGCUGGUGGCUUUCUUGGUGAACAGGUUAGCUGGCAAUGGAUCUUCUGGCUCCUGUUGAUUGUCGGCGGUGCCAUGCAACUUGGUAUCGAGGUCCUUAACAAGGAAACGUUUGCUCCAGUUCUGAUCAAAUGGAAGACCGCCAAGCUGGCAAAGGAGCUUGGUCGUACCGACUUGAUCAGUGCUUUUGAUGUGGGCAAGGAGAAGCUCACAACUGGUCAAACCUUGAAGCGCAGCCUUGUUCGACCGGCAUUGCUGUUGACGAAGUCACCCAUCGUGGCGCUUCUUUCACUUUAUAUGUCUCUGGUCUAUGGCUUGCUCUACCUUUUUUUCACAACCAUCUCGGAUGUCUUCACAAGUACCUACGGCUUCUCAGUCGGUCUAUCAGGCCUCGCAUAUCUGGGCAUAGGCAUUGGUUUCAUUGUCGGUCUUGCUAUUAUGGGUGUGACCAAUGACAAAAUCAUGGUGAAGCUUACAAAGAAGAACGGAGGGCAGUUCGAGCCGGAGAUGAGACUGCCGACUAUGAUCAUCUUUGCCUGUAUUCUGCCGAUCAGCUUCUUCUGGUACGGUUGGACCGCUGAUAAGCACGUUUUCUGGAUUGUGCCUAUUAUCGGCAUGUUUCCCUUCGGUGUGGGUAUGAUGGGUGUCUUCAUGCCUAUUCAAACCUACAUCAUCGAUUGCUACCCAGCCUAUGCUGCCUCAGCGAAUGCCACCCUAACCGCGACUCGAUCGCUUGUUGGUGCUCUCCUCCCACUUGCCGGUACACCCAUGUUUGAUUCCCUAGGACUCGGCUGGGGAAAUUCGCUACUCGGGUUCCUUGCUCUGGCUUUUGUUCCCAUCCCCAUCAUCUUCACCAAGUAUGGCAAGCAGAUCCGUGAGCGAUGGCCCAUCAACCUUGAAAAAUAG